AUGUUGAAUACCAAUCCUCCAAAGAGCAUUUUAGUGUCCAUCAGUCCAUCUGGUGUAAUAGUGGAGGGAGAUUCAGUGACUCUGAGCUGCAGCAGUGAUUCAAACCCUCCUGCUCUGAACUUCAGCUGGUUUAAGGAGAAUCAAAGCUCAGCUGUUGGAUCUGGACAGAGUUUCAGUAUCUCCAGCUUUUACUCCAGUCACAGUGGACGCUACUAUUGUGAGGCUCAGAAUAAACAUGGAUCUCAGAGAUCAGAGUCUGUUUCAGUCACUGUUAAAGGGACUCAGAGAGCUGCUCUACAAACAGUUACUGGGACUGUGGCAGGAUUGAUCAUCAUCAUCAUGGUCAUCAUUGUGUUCAUAAGGAAGAGGCAGAGAGAAUGUGGAACUGAAGAUGUGAAUCAAAAGCAGGCAAAACAACACCCCUCCAUCUUCAGCUGCAAUAUUUGA